AUGAAGAAAGAGCACAUCCUGUUUGACAAUUUCCCCUUGACGUUCCUGAGUGACGAGGUAGACUACAGCAACUUCGAAGAUGAGCAGGAGAAGAGCUACCGUGAACAAGUUGCAAAAAUGACGGAGGAAUUGAAGUCGUUAAGAAUAGAAAUCACAGAGAAGCAUUCCAUAAGGAGCAUGUUAGAAGAAAAAGUAGCCAUGCUGCAAAAUGAGCAACAGAUUAAGCAAAACAACCUCAAGUAUGUUCUGAACUUUUGCGACAAACAAAUGUAUGAACGUGAACUAGCCAACUGGCACAACAACUUAGAAAACCUGAGGAAGCAAAUCCAAAAUAGCAAUUGCAAAAUUAAGCUGCUCAUUGAAAAGGAAUUCAAGGUGAGGAAGCAGCUGCAACUCAGAUAUAUGAAGCUCUACGACCUGCUCAAUGAGCGCGUUCGUUACAUCCUCACAGAUUACUUGAAACACCGCAAGUGCGCCUGCGCGAUAUUUGCCUACCGUCAGGAGGGGAAGGAUUAG